ACUUCGAGCAGUUAACAGCACAGAUGCUGAAAACAUAUCGUUCAUACUACAAUGUAUAUACGGCAUACAAGGCAAUUUAGUUCGCGUUCAGGCUUCUAAUUGUUUGUCCCGACAUGUGAGUGAAUGACAUCAUUUUGUCUGGUUAAACCUCGCCGUGCAAUCGGGAGCAGCAUGUGAAUUUUCGAUUCGUUUAUCUGACUUCUGAGUGUUUAAUGGAUUCUUUGCGGGAACUUUGUUCAGUAGCCUACUCAGAAUAAAGAGGUCACGAUUGCUUAGAGAAUAUUUUGUUGAACUUCAGUGACCCAUUGGUGCACGCAGCCACGUGAAAAGUAACGCUGAUACUUUGUAUCGAUGGAUUCAAUCAAAACUGUCGCAACAACUGCCGCGUUCAAAAUAACUGGGAACGCGGAACACUCCGACUUCAGUUUUUUCAAGACAAAUGAGAAAUUACAAAAAACGAGCUCCCACUGGGAAAAUUCGUUUUGUACGGUCAUCCAACUCGGAAUUCCAAGAUAGGAACUCGGCAUCUUUCUGUGGCUCUGACUUUCCGACCUGAAGAUCACUGACGUUAUGAUUUUUCCAGCGGUCUUGGAAGCGCCAAACUUCCACUAGAGUACGUUUUGCAUAGCCUGGUGCCCGGUUGGAUGGAGAUGUCACGUAAUGACCAAUGGAAUGGUCUAAAUAAUUUAAUUCCGCCCAACCGGUGCACCGGGCCAUGCAAAGCGGAUCCGCCCAUUGUAGCGGGUUGAACCACCUGUGUCCACAUGCACGAAACUCAGACAUUUCCGACUUGCUAAUUGGUUGUAGUUAUACACCUGCUGCGUUCAACCAGUUAGAAAGUCAGACAUGUUGUGAAUUUGUCAAUGUCAACAACAAAAAAAUAAGCAAAUAUUUGUUUCUCAAUUGCAUUGAUAUAAAUGUAUUUCAAGUCCAUCUCAGAAAUGCAUACUCGUUUCAGAUUCUCCGAGCCGUGACACGGUAGGCGUACCCCAUUACCACAAUGUUACCAAAAUGUAUGGGGGCUCCUCGUCCAUUGAUGGACUACGGGAGCACAACAUUCUUCCUUAUAGUCCAAGGUUCUUACAUCUUCUAGUUCAAGGAGAAUUGGCUCUGGAAACUAAAACAGCUAAAUACUCCAUCUAAACAUGAAUCGAUCUCAAAUGUGGGACGGUUCUAGAAACAACUCCCUCUACUUUCAAAUCACAUCAAAAAUAAUGUCAUGAAGGGAAAAUACAUUUACUGCUCACUGUUUUAACCUGUUGUAACAGUUGUAGCCGACAGUAUUUGUCAGUGACGACGCGUUCGUGGUGUCUGUCUUCCCUUUACACACAGGUGUUCAGAGACGCAGAUGGCUAAUUAGCACAGAUAGUCAGUCCUCUGUCUUCCGUAAACAAGCGCUGUAACAUGGAAAUAUGCCCGUGUGGGAACCUUAACCCUAUAAAGAUCCUGGUGUCUUAUCGGACCACCACAGAGUCAACACGCGAUGAGCAACAGCAGUAAACGAGUCCAGCCAAGCUUCACUGUCGCCCCGGUGGUCCAGAGCAAGAUGCCUCGGCUGGAAGGGCCCAUCAUUGGUAGUGUGGCGUCUACAGAGGCAGGAGGGCUCUCUAAACCGGCCGGCCUGGCUCACUACCCCUCUGCCCCCCACCACACACCCCAGACCCAGGCUCUACAGAACAACAGGGCCUACUUCACCUAUGACCUCAGGGGUCACGACCUCUCUGACCCUGACCUCCGACCUUCCUGGAGCCCUUCUAAGGGGUUGCUGCUGAGCAGGAGUAAUGUGGGGUGUUCCCCUCAGAGCGCGGAGGAGGGGUCUUUACGAAACCACAUAGUUUACAGCAGGGCAGAGAACAUGACUUUUUCUACUGAGAGUAGUAGUGUUAGUGGUAAUCGUAGUGGUAGUAGUGGUGGUGGUGGUAGUAACUCUGUCUCUGCUGCUGCUCAGGACACUCCAGCCAAGCAGGGUUUUACCUACUACACCAGGAGCCCAGGCGGGCUGAGGAGUCCCACCAGCGGCCCUGGGACCAUCGCUAUGCCCAUUGCUGUGAGGAAGCAGCCUCCUGUUGGAGGUGUUAGCCUCUCCCCUCAGUCUGAGAACUCUGUCUGUCUUGGUCUGGCUGUUCCCAAUCCGCUCUACGGACACCCCUCCCCCUGCUGUUCAGAGCUGGGCUGUACUGUAGGACAGAGGCACAGUCUGGAGCAGAGGGGGGGAGUACACAGGAUCCAUCCCCCUCUUAAUGUGUAUGAGGGGUGGAUGUAUAGUCCAAGCUCACACCACCCCAGGGCUCUGCAGCUGGAGCACGGUGUUGAGAUAGAGAGACUAUCAGACAGACUGCCUCUGAAAGAUGUCAAGGACCACCAACAGCACCCCAGUGGAAUUCCCAACAGAGCACCAUCAGCACAACGGUUCCCUGUCUUCAUGGAACCAACCUACAGCAUUGGUUACCCAUGUUCCCCCGCCCGUGCCAUACUAGGCCCCUCCUCAUUUAUAUGUGACCCCCCCCCUUCGCGGUUAAGCGCCUCCCCCUAUGGGGCUGAUCAAUGCCAACGUUUACAAAUCCCCUCCAAACGUCCAACCUAUCACAGCUUGGUCUCUUCCCACCCCUCUUGCCCUUCCUCUCACCCCUCCUGUCCUUCCUCCUGCUCUUCCUCUCACCCCUCUCACCCCUCCUCCCAUCCCUCUCACCCCUCCUCCCAUCCCUCUCACCCCUCCUGCCCUUCCUCCUGCUCUUCCUCUCACCCCUCCUCCCAUCCCUCUCACCCCUCCUGCCAUCCCUCUCAUCCCUCCCACGCUACAACAUACAAACCCAUGACCCCUUCGCACCAUGGCGUUCCGGUGACGUCACAGGUUUAUCAGGGCCGCUCUCCUCCCAGUGUGGCCAAAUACAGCCAGCUCCCAGUCACACAGCCCAUGUUUUACUACCGUCCUCAGGCAAAUGUGGAGGGAGAGAGUGACAGUUGUGGAGCAGGGUUUAAAGAUGCAGGAGGAAAGCACCGAGACUGGGAGGAUGUUAUGGUCCCUAAUGGUUCUAAACGACCCCUACCGCCAAGUUCCUCCCAGACAGGACCCCACCUAGCUACUCAUCUUCCCAGCACAUCAAACCCCUCCCUCUACCUUGUCACCCAGUCUGUGUACAGUACUGAUGUCCCCAUGUCUAGCCACACGGCUCCUAGUAGCCACCCAUACCUCAGGAGUUUUGACCAGCCCUCCUAUCAUCAAUUGUACAGGAUGCCCCUGAAUGCAGCAGGUCAGAUGAGAGUCCCUGCUAUAGCCCCAGAGAGACCCUGUGCCUCUCCAUCUCCUCCCAGCAGCCUACAGCAGACUGAGAGACCCCUGGACUACUCCCUGUCUCAGUACAGAUCUCUAGUUACCUCUCCUCAGGUCUCCUCCCCCAGGAGACACCACCUAUCUCAGGGACACUUUGACUCCACACUCCCUGGAGCCCCACUGACUGUCUCCACCACACUGUCACGGGUUGACUAUGGCCAUCACAACCACCCGGCCAACCACCACCACCACAGCAACAACCACCAUGCUACUACAGCCAUGUGUACCACUGCUGCAAACUUUGGCAACCACCACCACCACACAACUACAGCCAACCAGAAUAACCACCAACACACAACUACACGUAACCAUCACAACACUACGUGUCAGGGAGUGACUGGUUCUAUUGUAGUGCGGCUGAGAGGCAGCCCUGGCCCUCAGUCUAAUGUGCAUGGAGACAUGAUCACUACUGGUACAGAAACCCUGAAGAGAUGUGUCUCUGACUCAGACCGACCCAUCAACAUAGACUCUCCCUCCCCAAAACACACACAGGACAAUGGGGAGGACGUCAUUGAAGUGGAACUGUAUCAGAAACGACAGAAGAUGAAGGUCAACGGAGAUGGAGGAGGACUAGAUAGCUGUCAGUCUCCCUCUCCUCCCAUGCCAGUCAUCAACAAUGUUUUCAGCCUGGCUCCAUACAAGGCUUACCUAGAGGCUGCUGGCAUGCUGUCACCACCUGUUAGAGGAUCUCAGAGAACUGACCACGAUCCUUCUGGACACUGUGUGUUCAAACCUGAGACCCAAUCAGACCCUCACAGACAUCAUCAACACAGACAGGAAACAGGCCCUACAUCUGACCCACACAGGCCUGAGAGAGACCCUAAACGAGAGGAAGAGAAGCCUGUAUCAAUCAAUCACAGGAUUGAUAACCAUGUAGUCCGACCAGCCUCAGAACAGCAGAGGCCUGUAGUCGAGCAGAGGAUUCUGGGUACUGUAGUCAGAUCAGACACUACACAGAAGAAACCUGUAGUGUCUGUUUUUAGUGAACCACUGCAGGAACCAGAGAGGGAGGUGGACGUGAAGACUGAUGACGAUUUGCAGAUUAAAGUGGUUAAGGAAGAGGAGGAGGAGGAACCACCACAGGAACCAGAGAGGGAGGUGGACGUGAAGACUGAUGAUGACAUGCAGACUAAAGUGGUUAAGGAAGAGGAGGAGGAGGAACCACCACAGGAACAGCAACCAGAGAGCGAGGUGGAUGUGAAGACUGAUCACGACAUGCAGACUAAAGUGGUUAAGGAAGAGGAGGAGGAAGAGGACGAGAUGGAGGCGGCAGCAGCAACAGAGACGAGUGUGUUUGUACAUGAUCUCACCGUGGGUGUUAUUAAGAAAUGUGAAUCUGAUAAACUGGACAGUAAAUUGUCAAUAGCGUCAGAUAAAUAUAUUUCUAUUAUGUCGGCUACAGAUGUGUCUCAAUGCAAAGCAGAGACUUCAAAUAGAUGUGUGAUGGAGGGAUCUUUUACUUACAACGUGCACCACCACCAGCCCCAAACUCAGCACCAGCCCCGGUCCAAUCACCAACCAUCCCAGCCCCGGUCCAAUCACCAACCUAACCACCAUCCAUCCCAGCCCCUGUCCAAUCACCAACCUAACCACCAUCAAUCCCAGCCCCUGUCCAAUCACCAACCUAACCACCAUCCAUCCCAGCCCCUGUCCAAUCACCAACCUAACCACCAUCAAUCCCAGCCCCUGUCCAAUCACCAACCUAACCACCAUCCAUCCCAGCCCCGGUCCAAUCACCAACCUAACCACCAUCCAUCCCAGCCCCUGUCCAAUCACCAACCUAACCACCAUCCAUCCCAGCCCCUGUCCGACCACUAUCCACCCAAUCCGCCCCAGCCACACCUUCGCCCCAAAUCAUCCACCCCUCCCCAAUCCACCAACCCAGCCGCCACCAAACUGAACCUUCAAAACAUCCCUCCUCAAUGUCUCAAACUAUCCACCUAUAAGAUCGUCCUGCCAGAUAACAUGCUCCGGGCUGUUGCUCCCUCUCCCUGCUCGACGGAGGUCCCACAGUCACCCACUGACCCUACAGCUGUAGCCAAAUCUCUUUCAGACAGCAGCUCCCGACCAGCCAGACAGCACUUCCUAGAGCUGCACCUCUUACUUUGUAACCUGGUUUCCAGCUGUGUGUCCCACACCCCACCCACAGAGCUCCAAACCUGGCUGUCACAGCUGGACAUCUCCCUUACCGCCAUUUCCCCACCCAAGGCCCAGAAGGUGACCUCUCUGCUGGGUUCUGAGGCCAGGGAGGUGUGGUUGAGGGGACCAGAGACCCAGGCUGCCCUCCAGAAUGUGCUCCAGAGACUGGGACAGUAUGUUGCCCAGAAGCAGUGUCCCUUCCCCCAUGUGAUGAGGGCAGGCGCGGUGUUUGUUCCCAUGCUGGUGGUCAAGGAGCUGCUCUUCCCUCAGGUCCAGGGGGCCUACAUCGACCAGGUUCUCCAGGAGCACAAGGUGGAGUUGAGACCUACCACCCUGUCUGAGGAGAGACACUUGGUGACGCUGCAGAAACGACCAUGUUCCUCCAAGCUCCGCAGGCUCCUGUCACUCAAACACCUGCCUAACAUCUACCCUGACGUUCUCAACCUCUACUAUCACAGCUGUGUCUGCAAGAGCCUGGAGUCGCCGUCACCUGAUGCUCCCCAAACGACAGCCCAGGUGUAGAGCCAUGUGACGUGGCCAGGACACCAGAAGGAGCGCUGUGUUCAGCGGACCGUUGGAAAAGCUCUGCCAGUGGACCAUGUUC